AUGGAGGAGCGGGAGAGGGGGGCGAGGUCGGCUCGCGCCGGCAGCCCUGCGCGCCCGCCCAGCCCGAGGCUGGAUGUCAGCUCUGACAGCUUCGACCCACUGCUGGCCCUGUACGCGCCUCGCCUGCCUCCCAUCCCCUACCCCAACGCGCCCUGCUUCAACAACCUGGCCGAGUACGAGAGCUUCCUCAGGACCGGGUGCCGGGGCGGCGGGCGCGGACGGGCGCGGGGCGCGGCCGCGGGCUCUGGGGACCCCGCCACCGCCGCCGCCGGGCCCUUGGGCAGGACCCGCCGCCGCCUGGACGUCCCCGCCCCGGACCCCGAGCGCAUCCAGCGCCUCCGCCGCCUCAUGGUGGCCAAGGAGGAAGGGGACGGGGCCGCCGGGGCGCGGCGGCGGGGUCCGGGUCGGAGCAGGAAGGCGCCGCGCAACGUGCUCACGAGAAUGCCCUUGCACGAAGGCAGCCCUCUGGGUGAACUCCAUCGUUGUAUCCGGGAGGGGGUGAAGGUGAAUGUUCACAUCCGCACUUUCAAGGGACUUCGGGGCGUCUGUACGGGCUUCCUUGUUGCAUUUGACAAGUUCUGGAAUAUGGCACUUACUGAUGUGGAUGAGACCUACCGAAAACCUGUUCUAGGCAAAGCAUAUGAACGGGAUUCUUCAUUGACUCUCACUAGGCUCUUUGAUCGACUAAAACUGCAGGAUUCCUCCAAGAAGGAAACAGAUUCCAAGUCUGCAGUUGAAGACUCCACUCUGUCCAGAUACUCCCAGACAUCCACCUGGAAGGUGGCUUCAGUGUGGGGACGAGGAGACACUGACCGGGGUUCACGCAAGCGUUCCCGCUCCGUCCCUUCUUCCCUGCAGGCAUCGGCAAGGGAGGAGUCCAGGUCAGAGCUGUCAGGGAGGACUACACAGACAGAAGGGUCGAGUGCGGGAGGUACCUUUUCCAGGGCCACCACCCUUUCCAGGGGCCAGCCCCGUAAGAAAAAGCGAAAGCCCAAAGUGGAUUACCAGCAGGUAUUCACUCGACACAUAAAUCAGAUUUUCAUUCGAGGCGAGAAUGUCCUGCUGGUUCAUCUUGCACAGUGA